GAUCGCAUCACUGCUGAAGGAUAGGGCUGGACGGUGCGUCUGUUAAUUUGUUAUUUUACUGAACAUCACAAAGCCCUUUUCCGCUCGGUUUUAUUACCGGAUUGUGCGUAUGAGGUCGGGCCGGUUAGCAGUUGAAUAACAGUGUGAAAAGGACGGGCAAGCAUGAGGAUUGCACAUCUUUCUGUUGAAAUGCAUCAAUUCCUUUGGGCUGCCUCGUGACUCCAGCAGCGACCGAGAGGAGGAGCGCAGCGCAGACAGUCGAUGAUCCGGGCACCCGUCACCUGCCGUCCGCUCCUCUGAAGCGCUUAUGCACCCCUGCUGGAUCAGGAGGACAAGAGGCAGCUGCACGGGGAGGCGCUGAAAUGAGAUGAGGCUCAGACAUGGAACUGUUGCCACGGCGAUUGUUUUCUUCACCUCGUUUCUCAGUCUGUCCUGGUAUACGGCUUGGCAGAAUGGCAAAGAAAAGUUGGUAGCCUAUCAGAGGGAGUUUCAUGCCCUGAGGGAGCGGCUGCGAGUGGCAGAGCACCGGACCCUACAGCGCUCUUCUGAGCUCAACGCCAUCCUCGAACAGUUCAGACGGGCCAUCGCAGAGACCAACGGCAGCAAGGAUGCUCUCGCCAACUUCUCAGAUGAGACACAGAAGUUGUUGAAGGAGUUGUCUCAUAGGAAGCCCCUACAGGUGCCAAAUAUCUAUCACCACCUGCCUCACCUGCUCAAUAAUGAGGGCAGCCUGCAUCCUGCUGUACAGGUGGCCCAGGGACGUACCGGAGUUUCCAUGGUGAUGGGCAUCCCUACGGUGAAGCGGAAAGUGAAGUCAUACCUGUCAGAGACGUUGCAUUCUCUCAUCGAUAAACUCUCAGCGGAGGAGAAGCUUGACUGCGUCAUUAUAGUGUUCGUGGGAGAGACGGACAUAGAUUAUGUGAACAGUGUGGUUGCUGGCCUUGAGAAAGAGUUUUACACAGAACUGAAUUCUGGGUUGGUGGAGGUCAUAUCGCCCCCUGCCAGUUACUACCCAGAAUUGAGCAACCUGAAAGAGACCUUCGGCGACUCAAAGGAAAGGGUGAAAUGGCGGACCAAGCAGAACUUGGAUUAUUCUUUUCUAAUGAUGUAUGCCGUCAACAAAGGGGUCUAUUAUGUCCAGUUAGAAGAUGACAUCGUUGCCAAGCCCAACUAUUUUGCCACCAUGAAAAACUUUGCCCUUCAACUCGCCACUGAGGACUGGAUGAUCCUUGAGUUUUCACAGCUGGGUUUCAUUGGUAAGAUGUUCCAAGCCCCAGAUCUAAAUCUCAUUGUGGAGUUCAUCUUCAUGUUUUAUAAGGAGAAGCCCAUAGAUUGGCUGCUGGAUCACAUACUCUGGGUCAAAGUAUGCAACCCAGAGAAAGAUGCUAAACACUGUGAGAGACAGAAGUCUAGUCUACGCAUUCGUUUCAGGCCCUCCUUAUUCCAGCAUGUUGGGCUGCACUCUUCCCUGGCUGGAAAAAUUCAGAAACUCACGGAUAAAGACUUCCUAAAACCUCUACUGCAUAAGAUUCACGUGAACCCACCGGCUGAGGUGUCCACCUCUCUUAAAGUGUAUCAAGGCCACACACUUGAGAAGACCUACAUGGGCGAGGAUUUCUUCUGGGCCAUUACUCCAACAGCUGGAGACUAUGUCCUGUUCAAGUUUGAUCGACCCGUCAACAUUGAAAGGUUCCUGUUUCGCAGUGGGAACCAGGAGCACCCUGGAGACAAAAUCGUGAACACAACUGUCGAGAUCCUGCCCUUCUCGGAUGCUGAAUUGAAGACCAAAGAGAAAUACAAAAGAACAGAUGACCGGUUUUAUAAAAUUGCUCAGUUUGAGAAUGGAGUGGCAGAGGGGACGGUUGACCCUGCCUUCAACCCUGUGGUUGCUGUACGUCUGGCUGUGCAGAAGGACUCUGCUGUGUGGGCAAUUAUUAGCGAGGUCUGUCGUUUGCUGUCUAAUCAUAUACUCAAUUUGGAUGAACUCUACAGUUUCUGAAUAUCUUUAUAUAUCUGACCCUGUAUCCAAACUAGGCAUGAUGCGAUAAAGUGAUAAACAAUAAAUCACAUCUCUUCCAUGUUAAUAGGAGUUUUUGUCCUAAUCAGCCACAACAUUUUUGCACUCCAGUGUCUCGCACGUCAAGACAUGGUUUCUAUUUUUGACACGUUGCACUUGGUAGCCAUGCCCACAGUGAAAUCUUGCUCUGCAUAUCUGUAUUUGAAACUAGUAUCCAUUCAAUGGUCUAUACUGUCUUACCUGACUAAAGUCCAUAGAGUUCCUCAGAGUUCUGGUUUCUGAUCGAUGUGCUUUGUUUUCUCUUUUCAGAUCCAUAUCAAGAGGAUACCUCGAUAACUAACUGCAUGUUAAGGCCCUCAUUGGUCAUCUAAGUUGAGAUGUGCUGCUCACAUCUACAGCGGUUCUAGAGUGACAGUGACUUUAUCAGAGUGCAUGGAAGGAGUCAAUCACAAUUUCCCUUAAAGAAACUUCUCUUGCUUUAUUUUCUUCUUAAACUUUACUUUUUUCCUCUGGUAACUUCGUCACCUACUUGCUUUUUUUUUUAGUUUACCAUUCCCUGAAUUCUGUUGUGUGAAUGUGACUACUACUGUACAGAAAAAAAGACACUUUUUGACGGAAUGUUUCCAGACACUGAUAUUGUGUCAUGAAGAAUUCAUUGCUGUCAUGAAGGAUUGAUUUUCAGGAUUCUAGGGUGCACUGAUGCUGGAGAAAAUGUGAUGUCUCACACUGCCGUCAUGGACUAUAACUGACCUCGUACCCUAGGUCAGACAACCACAGCUAGAUUUAGACUGAGAGAUGGAGUGGGACGACAGUAAUGUUUUUAUUUUACCUUUCUUAAAUGAUUUUUUUUUUUUUUAGUUUUAGAAUGUUGAUGUUUGGCACUCUGUUAAAAAACUAGUAGAAAACUGGUUUAUUUUAAUCUACUGCUUUGCCAAAAUCUUGAAACAUAUUUCUAAAAACAGAAGGCAUAUUUUAGGUCUAUACCUGGUCAACCAGAGUGGCUUUUCUUCCUUCGUGUCGGUUUAUCGCCAACCAAUCAAUCGUGACUUUCAAUAUGAAGGUUUAUUUUGCUGUUGUUAUUAUUAUUAUUAUUAUUAUUAUUAUUAUUAUUAUUAUUAUUAUUAUGACUAUCUAUGAAGGUGAAUUAAUUUAUUUGAAAUAAAUCUUUAAUUUGUAAAAAGAGGUACAUUUUUUAUUUUAUAUUCCUCGGAAAUGUAUGAUGUGGCAGAGGAUUUAGUGCUUUUGAGUGGUUGUGGCUCAAAGUCAAGUGAAUAAACUGGUUCUUAUCUUUUGUGUACAGUAGUUCUGAAGGGUGCAGGGCCGCCCACCUCUGUGCCUUAAUAUCCAGCGCUCUAAGGGGCCUGGAAAAGGAAUGCCUUUUGCCCUGUAUCAAAAUGCUUGGAUCAUACAAUAGAACUUUUGUUAUAUUCUUGAUUUGACUGAAAAGUUAAAGUUUAGAGCAUGGCAUGUCCAUAUUUAUGUUCUAGAAUAUUUAAUGAGUUUGGAUUUUUUUUUUUCUUCCAUUUUCAAAUAACCCACUUUCAACUUGUCAGUAAGAAUCUUCAUUCUAUAUUUGAUGAUGUACUGUUAGACAAGUAAGUCAUUAUGAGUAGGCCCAGAUGUAAUCUACAGACCUUUUUUACUUUCAAAUUUUCUGCACUGAUUUUGAAGAAAAUAAUAUGUGGGGUGAAAUUUAAAUGUGUUAAAUGAAGUCGAGAGUACUUCUCUCUUAUUGGUAGCUAAAGGCAUAAUAAAAUUGACCAAGCUUUUUAAUAAAAUCACCACACACAAUGUGUGGAGGAUUUGUAGAACUUCGUAAAUUACUGGUGUUCAAAUAUGCAUAGAUUUCUGCAGGCACAGAUUCCAUGUGGGCCUGGUGAUGAGCAAAAUAUUACUUGAACCAUAGAUUCAUAAUGGUCAAAAGCAGAAAUUGAAUGGAAAAACUAAAUUGACACUUCAACUAAUUUUCUGUUGAUUUUCUGUUUUUGUGCUGCUUGGUCAGGAUUGGAUGCUGUACUUUUUAUAUUGUAAAGCUAUGGUUCUAAUUUAUUUUGCAUGUAGUUAAAUUGAUGGUGAGGUAACUACUGUAGAAAUGUCCAAAGUGCUCUCAUCUCGUGAUUGUAUAUAUCUUUAAAAUAAUGGUUUAAUGGAAGUUUUUGUUCAGCCUGACAAAAUGUGUCAUGGUAUAACCCUUUAUGCUACAAGCAGCGAGUUUCAGAACACAUCCUUUUUAGUUUAAAAAAUACUCUUCCUAUUUUUGUGACUUCUUGGGGCUGGGUGUGAAUUGCAGAACUUGACCAGUUUAUGUUGUAAUAGAAAGCCAAUGUAUUGUCAAGUUUGUUUACAGUUUAUGGUCUUUCCUGAGAGGAGAGACUAAAAUUAUUUCUUCGAUUGACUGUAGAUCACUGUAUCAUCCUUUGUUGUGUGAUGUGAGCUCUAAGGAGUGGGCAAGUGAAACCACAACAGUGUGAAUUUCACUUGCCCACACAAGUGUUUUGCAAUAUUGCUGCCUUUUAGUCAGAUUUGUGCUCAAUACUCAUGACUUGUUUCCAACCCUGUUUAAACACUGAGAGAUGGAUUAUUCUCUGCUGCCCUCAAGUCAAACUCUCAUGGGCCAAUUUUUCCAGACACAUCCAGCUAUAUCAGUCUUGCAUUUCAUGUGCCUUCAUUUGUUUUUCUCCGACUCUGACAUUGAUUUGAAUGAACUGUUCUGAAAUAAACCAAUCUUAACAUAAUUUAUAAUAUUUGUUUCUCAAAUGUUUUCUUUCCCCUCAUUGUCCGUUUAUUUUACUAUUCGACUAUGAGUGACAUUUUGAAGUUUCAGUGAGGUGUGUGGUGAAAUCCUGUGCAUGAUUGGGCUAUUUUAGGACUGUCCCAUUCAAUAUAUGCUUGCAGCAUUCUAACAAAUGCCAUUGGCAUGUACAAUGGCACCAUCAUUUGAAAAUAUGAAUUUAAUUGCAUUACAUAAACACCAAACCAAGUGGGUCACUUGCAAGUCCUGAGAACUACACUUUUCUGAGCCAUGUUUUUAACUUUAAUCAACUGAUGACUAAAAGUGCCUUAAAGGGAUAGUUCACCCAAAAAUGAAAAUUCUCUCAUCAUUUACUCACCCUCAUGCCAUCCCAGAUGUGUAUGACUUUCUUUCUUCUGCUGAACACUGCUGAUUUUAAGAAGAAUAUUUCUGCUCUGUAGGGCCAUAAAAUGCAAGUGAAUGGGUGUCAGAACUUUGAAGCAUCAAAAGCAGUUAAAAACAGCAUAGAAGUAAUCCAUACGACUCCAGUAGUUAAAUCCAAACCGUCAAAAGCGAUAUGAUAGGUGUGGGUGAGAAACAGUCCUUUUUUUUAAUUUUAUUUUUUUUUUUUAUACAAUAAAUCUCCACUUUCACUUUCACAUACUACUACUUUUAAAAAAAUAAGGACUUAUUUAACUGUUCCUCACCCAUCAUAUUACUUUUGAAGAUUUAACUACUAGAGUCUUAUGGAUUAUUUUUAUGCUGCCUUUAUUUGCUUUUUGGAGCUUCAAAGGUCUGGUUACCAUUCACUUUGUAAGCACCUACAGAGCUGAAAUAUUCAUCUAAAAAUCUUCGUUUGUGUUCUGUAGAAGAAAGUAAGUCACACAUCUGGGAUGGUAUGAGGGUGAGUAAAUGAUGAGAGAAUUUUCAUUUUUGGGUGAACUACCCCUUUAAGAGAAACUACAGGUGUUUUUAUUUAUUUAUUUGAUCACAUAUUGACAUGUUCCACUAACGUUUGACAACCAGAUAUAAACCAAACUACUUUUUGUGAAAUGUUUUUCUUAAAGUGGACUUCUGCUAUCUUUAAAAUAAAUGCCACUUGGUUUGA